UUACUCGUGUGCAAUCGGCUGCAUAUUUACAUUUUUUUUCCGUGUUAUUGAAAGAGAAAGGACGCAUUGUGCAAAAAAUUUAUUGAAAAUGAAUAAUAAUUCGCAAGAUCCUCAAAAUAUCAUUGGUGAGUUGUUAGAAAUCGAUGGCAAUAUUGUUGUGGUUCGCGAUACAAACCAUUGCAGCAGUCAAGAUGCGGAAAACAAUGAGGACGAUUAUAUGUUAAGGGAGUUCUUAAAAGGAAUAAAUAUGGAGUCGCUUUUUGAACAAUUAAAAGGUAAGUAAAUAAAAAUGAAUUUUUCAGUUAAUCAGUGUAAUUAACAAAGAAUUUUCUUUUUUGUUCUUUUAGCAUCACAUGUAACAUUUCGCAGCUUGCAGUACUUGAAAAAAAGAAGAUUUAAAGGAAGCAGUGCCACCAUUGGGACUGCGUGUUGAAUUCAGAGAAAAGCUCUUUGCUUGGAAAAAACGAAAGGUACGUAUUAUUUGUUUUACAGAGUUGAACUCAGUAUUAAUAUUGUCAUAACAAUAGCUCGGGAUUGAUGACGAAACUAUGUCAGUUCCAUCUAAAAUAGGUGAAUGGUGGAAACGCAACGAGACACCUGCAAGUACUCCUGGUACUCCCGACACUACAGGUUCGAACUGCUCAAAAGCCAAAGGAAUUUUGUCAGAGGAUCUAACGGAAUUGUUAACACAUACCUCGAAGGGGAAACUAGCGCUUGAAUGUAGUAGCGUUAAUAAGAAAUUAAGUGACGAGCAAAGAGAUGAUAUAAUUAAUAUAAUUAUUGAAGAUAUUUUAACCAACAAUGUUACUCUUUACACUCAAGACUAUAUGCGCAUAUUGGAUGAAAUUUGUUCCGUUUUUCCUCUUGAAAACGAAAUGAGGGAUUAUUAUUACAUUUCAAGAAAAGGAAAGAACAACGCAAGCGGAAAACUUUAUGCCAAGUAUAGAAACAAGAAGUCCAAAAGAAUAAAGCUUUUGAUUUCCGAGCCUAGCACAAGCAAAGCAGCAACCACCACUUUCUUGUCCACUAUCCCACUGCUAUCCGAAAAUGUGGUCCCCUUAAAUAUCUCUGGAGCAUGA